AUGGAACCCCCAGGAAUGGCCCCAGAAAACCAGAGCCCCCAGGAGCCCAUUAGUUUUGGAAUCGACCAGAUCCUUAAUAACCAGGAACACAGUGGUGGGCACAUAGGCCCCAGGGUGGGGGGGCAUGAGUAUAUGGGUGAAAGUAGGUUUAAUCCCUUGUACAGUUCGAGUCCUCCAUCCUACAGUCUUAACAUCAGCAUGAAUGUCAAUGUGAGACCCACCGGGGUAAUUCGUGUACCUGCCCACAGGCCCCUGCCUCAAAGGGCCCCCAACAUGGCCAGUGUGGGGGGCAGUCUCUCUGGACUCACCUUCCCCUGGAUGGAGGGCAGGAACCUGGCGAAGGACCGCCUUACAGAUUCCCUCUCCCCGUUUUCUGUCACGCGCCGGAUAGGACACCCUUAUCAGAAUCGAACUCCUCCAAAGCGGAAGAAACCUCGUACCUCAUUUAGUAGAUUCCAAAUCUGCGAACUGGAAAAACGAUUCCAUCGCCAAAAAUAUCUGGCAUCAGCAGAGAGGGCGUCACUCGCCAAGACCCUACACAUGAGCGACUCGCAGGUCAAAACCUGGUUUCAAAACCGCAGGACAAAAUGGAGGCGUCAGACAGCAGAAGAAAGAGAGUCUGAACGCCAGCAGACUAACCGCAUGAUGUUCCAGCUACAGCAGGAGGCUUUCCAGAAAAGUCUAUCCCAAUCCAUGUCUCUAGACCCUCUAUGUGCACACAACUCAUCCCUAUGUGCCCUGCAGAACCUGCAACCAUGGGCUGAAGAAAUACCAAACACAUGAUUACCAGCACUUGGAUGGACCCUGUUUGGUAUCAUCAAGCCAAACUGACAAUGUACUUAGCAUCUAGACUGAAUUUGUGCAAUGAAUGCAUAGCCUAGAGAACCUAAAAACAUCUUCUUUCAAAGUGCAUUCAGUGUACUGAGGACCUGGUACAUCGAUACUGACAUUCAAAGCAUGAUGGACCACUAGGCAGACAACCAAAGACAUGGCUCUUCA